AUGGCCAAGACUCGAGUCAUCUACUGGUUCCGCACCGACUUGCGACUUCAUGAUUCGCCAGCCCUCAAAGCCGCCUUGGAUCUGAAUCCCACCGCAUUCUGGCCUAUAUUCACCUGGGAUCCGCACUAUGUAUACCGGGCAAGAGGAGGCCUCAACAGAUGGCAGUUUUUACUGGACUGUCAAAAUGAUCUAUCCAAGUCCAUAAGCAAACUGAACCCUAAGCUGAAGCUCUUCGUUUUGAGGGAAGCACCCCAGUCCUUGUUCCCAAAGCUCUUCAAGGCUUGGGAGGUCACGCAUCUUGUCUUCGAAAAAGACACAGAUUCCUAUGGCCGCGAGAGAGACCAGGUGGUCAUGGAGGCGGCCAAAAAGGCCGGUGUCGUCGUCAUUGUCAAAUCGGGGAGAACAUUGUGGGACAGUGACGAGGUUGUCAAGAAGAAUGGAGGCGAGCCCACAAUGUCGAUGGCUGCACUGCGCGCGGCAGGGGGCAAAGUGGGAAAGAUUCCCAGGCCAAUUCCAGCUCCAAAGCAUCUGCCGGACCCUGGCGAAAUGCCGGUUGACUUUGAGCAAGACCAGCCUGAGACCGCCCCGGAUUUGAAUGCCUCUCGCCGGACGGAGAAGGACACUGGCUACAAGAGCAUCGCCGGCCCCUCGGGGGAUUUCGCUAUUGAGACAAUGGAGGAGCUAGGAUUUCCCUCCGCAACAACGCCUCACCGUGGUGGAGAGUCCAUUGCUCUCGAGCGACUUGACAAGAUCAUCCAGGAUACCAAGUACACGGCGACCUUUGAGAAACCCAACACCAGCCCGGCCCAGUUCGACCCUCCCGCGACGACAUUCCUUUCCCCUUUUCUUCAUUUCGGGGCUCUCUCGGUUCGCGAAUUCUAUUGGAGAGUCCAGGACGUGGUCGAUGCCUACGGGAAAGGCGCCUCCUCGCCCCCAACGAGCUUGACGGGCCAGCUCCUCUUCCGGGACAUGUACUUCGCUGCCCAGGCUGCCCUCGGCCCAGUCUUCCAUCAGACAGCCAAUAACCCAUCCUGCAGAUUCAUUCCCUGGCAUCUGCCUUCCAAAACCGACCCUUCCACCGGCAUCGUAACUGGAGAGUAUCACGUAGACAGCGACACGGCAGAGACCUGGUUCCAGCGCUGGAAGCACGGCGUCACAGGGUUUCCCUGGAUCGACGCCCUGAUGCGGCAGCUCAAGCAAGACGGCUGGAUGCACCAUCUCGGCCGGCACAGCGUCGCCUGCUUCCUCACCCGCGGCGGCUGCUACAUAGACUGGGAGCGCGGGGCCGAAGUUUUCGAGGAGUGGUUGCUCGACCACGAGCCGGCCUGCAACGCCGGGAACUGGCAGUGGCUGUCAUGCACCGCCUUCUUUGCGCAGUUCUUCCGCUGCUACAGCCCCGUGGCCUUUGGCAAGAAGUGGGACAAGGAGGGGGCCCUGAUACGCAAGUUUGUUCCUGAGCUCAAGGACCUGGACGCCAAGUAUAUCUACGAGCCGUGGAAGGCCCCCCUCCCAGACUUGAAGAAGGCAGGUAUUCGUCUCAAGGGCAAUGGCUUAGAUGGUAAAGAGGACGGGACGUAUCCGAAGCCCAUGUUCGACUUUAAUGAACGGCGGCAGAUAUGCAUCGAUGCUAUGAAGAAGGCCUACGAUGUUGGCCUCCAUGGGGCAGACAAGCAGGUGUUGGAUGGGAGCUGGAGAGAACUCUUCCCGGAUUCAGAUACAUCCGAGGUUCGCGGCGAGCUCGACACCGACGGUGAAGAUGGUGAAGAUAAAAAGGGUCGGGAGUCUCACGCGGGUGAGAAGCGUGCUAAGCCCAAGAAUACCAUAGCUGCUGCGUUCAAGAAGCAGAAGAAGUGA